UAAGCUUAAUCCUCUAAUCACAAGCCAAAAAUCCUUCUUCCAAAAAAUUUAGGAACCUUAAAUAUGACAAUAUCUAUUCAAAAUUCAAGCCUUAACCAAAUUUUUUUACUUAGAACAAAGAAAAUUGAACAUAUAAAUUAUAUAUCUCAAUUCAAUGUAUGUCACUCGAAUCAUUCAAAAAAUCUAAAAUCGGUUUUUGGAUUGUACAAUCGAAUUCCUCCGAAUAUAGAUGUAAUAAAUGGGAAGAAGAUCAAUGGUACUAUUAGUGUUGGAGAGACAUCUUAUGUGGGAUUAAAGAAGAGUGAAAUGAUGAAUAAUGAAGGUGAUGCAUGUAUGUUAGGGAAGUUUGUGGAGGGUAGGUUUGUAUAUAGGCAAACUUUUAUUAUUAGAUCUUAUGAAAUUGGUCCAGAUAAAACUUCUACUAUGGAAACCCUAAUGAAUCUCUUACAGGAGACAGCAUUAAAUCAUGUGACAAGCUCAGGACUAGCUGGAAAUGGGUUUGGUGCAACACGAGAGAUGAGUCUUAGGAAACUCAUUUGGGUCGUAACCCGUGUACAUGUUGAAGUUAACAAAUAUAGUUCUUGGGGAGACUUAGUCGAAAUCGAUACUUGGGUAGAUGCAGCCGGAAAAAAUGGUAUGCGAAGAGAUUGGAUAAUACGUGACUAUAGUACUCAAAAAAUUAUAACACGAGCUACAAGUACAUGGGUGAUCAUGAACAGAGAAAGCAGGAAAUUAUCAAAAAUACCAGAAGAAGUGAGACAAGAAGUGCAACCCUUUUACUUAAAUAGAUAUGCAAUUGAAAAUGGUGAAGAUGAUCAUCUCCUCAGAAUCCAUAAACUCACUGAUCAAACGGCUGAUAUUAUUCAAUCAGGCUUGGUACCUAGAUGGAAUGAUAUGGAUGCAAAUUUGCACGUAAACAACGUUAAAUAUAUUGGCUGGAUCUUAGAGAGUGUGCCAUUGAAGGUGUUGCAAGACUAUGACAUGACAAGUAUGACACUAGAAUAUCGAAGAGAAUGUAGGCAAUCUAACAUACUUGAAUCAUUAACAAGCAUGGAAAACACUCCUAAUUGUAGUGUCCUUGCCAACUCUAAACAUAUUGAAAACACUCAUCUUUUGCGGAUGCAAGAUAAUAAACAAGAGAUUGUUCGUGCUAGAACUAAAUGGCUUCCUAAAUUAUGUUAGAAUUUUAUAAUUCAAUUUAAUUUUUAUUUAAAUUAUAUAUUUGGAUGUAGUUUUUUUUCUCUUUCAUUUUCAUUUUUAUUACUUUUGUACUUAGAUAAGGUUAUUCACAAUUUCAUUGAUGAAUUCA